AUGGGUUCUUGGAUGAACAAGUUGUUGCUGCUGCAAGUUGUCAUUGUGUUGAUUCAGCAUGUUGAAUCAGGCUCUAUCAUCAAAUAUCUUCCUGGUUUUGAAGGCCCUCUUCCUUUUGAGCUUGAGACCGGGUACAUUGGUGUUGGUGAGGAGGAAGAAGAUCAAUUUUUCUACUACUUCAUUAAAUCUGAGAGAAAUCCAAAAGAAGACCCUCUUCUUGUUUGGUUAACUGGAGGACCUGGCUGCUCUUCUUUCUCUGGCCUUGUUUAUGAGAACGGACCUCUUGCCUUCAAGGUUGAAGCAUACAAUGGAAGUGUCCCCUCCUUGAUCACUACUACAUAUUCAUGGACAAAGGUGGCGAGCAUAAUCUAUUUGGACCAGCCUGUUGUGACUGGCUUCUCCUACUCAAGAAAUCCACUUGCUGAUAUACCAAGUGACACGAAAUCAGCUAAGCUGGUCGAUGAGUUUGUUCGCAAGUGGCUAGCAAAGCAUCCUGAGUAUUCAUCCAACCCUUUUUAUGUCGCCGGAAACUCUUAUUCCGGUAAGGUGAUUCCUGCCAUCGUUCAAGAAAUGUCAAUUGGAAAUUGUUUAUGCUGCAAACCUCAAAUAAAUCUUCAGGGCUAUGUGCUCGGAAACCCGUUAACAUCCGAUGGUCUUGAUGGAAACUCUCGCAUUCAAUUUGCUCAUGGAAUGGCACUCAUCUCUGAUGAACUCUACGAGUCGUUGAAGAGAAGCUGUGGAGGAGAUUAUUAUAAUGUGGAUCCUCUUAACACAGAAUGCUUGAACCUCAUUGAAGAAUUUCUGAGGAGUGUUUCAAUGAUAUAUGAAGAACUUGUUCUAGACACAAAUUGUGACACUACAUCUCCUGAUUGCUAUACGUAUCGGUAUUUGCUAUCCGAAUAUUGGGCUAAUAACGAGAGCGUGCGCAGAGCACUUAAAGUGGUGGAGGGUACUACGUACAGGAAAUGGGAACGAUGUAAUUUUAAUGUGCUGUGCGAUCAAAACAUUAAAAGCAGCAUACCAUACCAUUUGAAUAACAGCAUUGAAGGCUAUAGAUCUCUCAUCAUAAGUGGUGAUCACGAUAUGUCAAUCCCAUUCGUGUCAACACGAGCAUGGAUAACAUCUCUUAACUAUUCCAUUACUGAUAAGUGGAGGCCUUGGAUGAUUCUUGAUAAAGUCGCUGGAUACACUCAGACUUAUGCUAAUAAGAUGACAUUUGCUACUGUGAAGGGAGGCGGGCACACGUUAGAGUAUAAGCCAGACGAGAGUUCAAUCUUAUUCAAGAGGUGGAUUAGUGGCCAACCUCUCUAA